CGGGGGGACACGAGAACCAUGCGGGUGCUCAGGGUGGUCGCGGCGGUGGGGACCCUCCUGGUCUUGGCUAUGGCUCAGAGGAGAGCCGGUGGCCGGAGCCAGCCCUGGAGCGGGCGGGCGGCGCCGUUCCGGAGCUGGGACUCGCUGCGGUACCGGCCGUGGCAGGAGGGGUCCCCGCGGCAGCCGGGCUGCUGGAGAGGCGGCGACGUCGCCUUCGACAUCAGCAACGAUGCUCCCACCAUGGCGGGCGCCGAGGCCACGUUCUCCAUCACCCUGCGCCUGCCCAGCACCCAGGAGCUGCUGCCCGAUGGCAGCGUGGUCUGGAGCCAGAACUGCACCGUCAAUGGCACUCGCGUGGCCCGCGGGGACCCGGUGUUCCCAGACCCCCCCGAUGAAGCCGACGGCGUCUUCCCCGACGGGCGCCCGUUCCCCACCGGUGGCAAGCGCGGGAGAUUCGUCUACGUGUGGUGGACGUGGGGGCGCUAUUGGCAGGUUGUGGAUGGAGCCACAUCCCAGCUGACGGUGGGCACGGCAGGGGUGCCACUGGGCUCCUACACCAUGGAGGUCGUCGUCUACCAUUACCGCGGCCGCCAGAAGUUCAUCCCCAUCGGCCGCGCCAGCUCCCAGUUCAGCAUCACUGACCAGGUCCCGUUCGCGGUGGACGUGGCGCAGGUCCCGGGUGCUGUGGACGGCACCGGGCGCUACGUGCGCAACCGCGCCGUGGCCUUCACCGUGCGGCUGCACGACCCCAGCCGCUUCCUGCGUGAUGCCGACGUCUCCUACUCCUGGGACUUCGGGGAUGGGAGCGGGACCCUCAUCUCCCGCAGCACCACCGUCACUCACACCUACCUGGAGGCCGGCUCCUUCGCCGCCCGCCUGGUGCUGCAGGCUGCCAUCCCCCUCAGCCCCUGCGGCACCUCCGCGGCGCCCGUCGUGGACCCCACCACCGGCGCAUCACCAACAGUGGGACCCACACAGCCCGGAGGCACCACCGGGGUGCCCAGCACCGCACCGGCAGGAUCCGGCUCGCCCACGGGGGGAUCAGCAGCCAGCACCGUGCCCUCGGGCUCUGCUGUCACCGUGCCUUUGGACCCCACCAUCACUGACGCUUUGGACCCCACCAUCACUGACACUUUGGACCCCACCAUCAUUGAUGCUUUGGACCCCGUCAUCACUGAUGCCUCGGACCCCACCAUCACUGAUGCCUUGGAUGUUGCUGCCACUGAUGCCUUAGACCCCGCUGUCACCGAGCCCGUCCUCGUGGCACUCAGCACCCCAGCGGAUGCUGCCGCGGGUACCGGUCCUGCUGCCGCUGUGGUGCCUGUGGUCCCCCCGCUCCCCACCUCAGUGGCCCCGGCUGGGGAUGCGCUGGGCACUGCAGCCGCUGCGGGCACAGAGGGAACGGUGGCUGCAGACGCAGCCACAGCUGGAGCCACAGCUGUAUCCAUGGCUGUAUCCACGGCUGGAGCCAUGAUUGGAGCCACAGAUGGAGCCAUGGUUGGAGCCGCGGAUGGAGCCACGGUUGGAGCCACGGAUGGAGCCACAGAUGGAGCCACAGUUGGAGCCACGGCCAGAGCCACGGCCGAGCCGCUGGUGCUGGUGAAGCGCCAGGCACCGGCUGCCGAAGCCACCGGCUGCAUCUUGUACCGCUACGGCACCUUCUCCACCCAGCUCGACAUCGUCCAGGGCAUCGAGAGCGUGUCCAUCGUGCAGGUGGUGCCGGUGGCAGCAGAGGGCGGCGAGAGCAGCGUGGAGCUGACGGUGACCUGCGAGGGGAGCCGCCCCGAGCAGGUCUGCACCGUGGUGGCGGACGCCGAGUGCCGGGAGGCGGCGGCGGCUCAGACGUGCUCGGCCGUGGCGCCGGGCGCCGGGUGCGAGCUCCUGCUGCGCCAGGACUUCAACAGCUCCGGCCUCUUCUGCCUCAACGUGUCCCUGGCCAGCGGCGGCAGCCUGGCCGUGGCCAGCACCCGCCUCACCGUCGGAGGCGCUGCCCCGGCUGCUGGUGCCACCACGCUCAUCAUCGUGGGGCUCGUGCUCAUCGCGGCUGCCCUGGGCACCGCGGCCUGCGCCUAUCAGCGUGUGAAGUACCACCCGCUGCCGCCCGCGGCCCCCCCGGCCCCCGGCCCCCGGGCCUGGCUGCCCCCCAGCUCUGCGCUGCGCCUGCUGCUGCGCCGGGUGCUGGGAGGGGGGGGCCUGGAGGUGGCCCCCAGCAGCGAGAGCAGCCCCUUGCUCCGUGGGAACCCCGCCUAGAGCCCCCCCAUCCCGACCUGGGCAGGGAACACGGUGGUGGCAAUGGGGGGGGACACGGUGGCCCCGGUCUCGCCGCCACCACCAUUAAAGGCUCAGCUCAGCCG